AUGCGUUCCGUAAUCGUCUUCUUCGCCGUCGUUGCCGCAGUCACCGCUCACCGCCAGCAGAACUCGGGUUAUGAAAACGCUGAGGCGGUUCAGCCCGCACCUUCAGCUCCACUUAGUGCUGGAAAUGGAGAUCAGCAAGCGUACAACUCCGAUGCUUCACUAGCUGCUGCUGCUCCCCUGUCACCUGCUCCUCCUCCGCCACCUGCACCAGUCCAAAACUGGCCUCGCCCAUGUCCAGCUUCGUACGCUCUUCCCAGCUCCGCCAGUUAUGCAUCCCCUCCUCAAGCUUCGUAUCCUGCACCUGCUCAAAACAGUUAUGGAACUUCCCCACCUCCACCUUUAAACCCCGUACCUGCUCCUGGUAGCACUUAUGCAGGAGCCGCCAGUGAAAUUCCGCCAGUUAACGGUGGCAACGGUAUCGGAUACAAAAAUCGUCGUGUCUUCCAAAAUCGUGCACGCAAUGUCUAA